AUGGCAGCAGCAACGACCCUCGUCUUCGGCGGCAGCGGCAAGGUCGCUCGACACCUUACCAAACAAUUGGCAGCACAGGGCCACAAGGUCUACUCCAUCAUCGUAUGAACAGCAAGCUCGCUAAAGAAAAACUCCCAUCCACUUGUUAACCGCUCAUUAACUCCUUCCCCCCAGCGAAACCCGGACCAAGAACCCGACAUCAAAUCCCUCGGCGGACAAGCCAUCGUGCAGAGCAUCGAGGACUCCUCCGUCGACGACAUGGCCGCCACCAUCAAGAACGCAAACCCCAGCACGGUCAUCUGGGCCGCCGGUGCAGGCGGCGGCAAUCCCGAGCGGACCAGAGCCGUCGACAAUGAAGGCGCGAUCCGUAGCAUGGACGCUACUGCCAAGGCCGGCGUCACGAAGCGAUAUAUCAUCAUCUCGGCUGUGGAUGUACGGGAUCGGGAGAAGAGACCGGAGCCGGAGUGGUAUGAUGAUGGGGAUAGGGAGAGGAGUAACAAGGUUUGGGGUGCGAUUGGGGUGAGUUUUUUUUUAUUUUGAUGAGGAUUCCUUGUUCCAUUUGGAUGGUUUAAGGGAUGAUCUGACGUUGUGUUUGCAGCCGUAUAUGGUCGCCAAGCUCGCGGCAGACCGGAGUCUUGUGACGGAGAACAACCGCAGAGGGCUGGAAUACACCAUUGUGCGGCCUGGUGGGUUGAGUCAAGAUCCUGCAAAGGGUAGGAUUGCUGCGGGAAAGGUGCACCUGAAUACUACGAUUUCUCGUGAGGACGUGGCGUCGGUGGUGAUUGAAUGUAUGAAGAAUGAGGGAACCAAGGGGCUGGCGAUUGAUUGCGUGGGUGGAGAUACGCCGAUCAGGGAUGCGAUUGAGGCUGUUGUCAAGGAGAGAGUAGAUACGUUUGAGGGAAGGUAUUAG